UGAAGGCCAGCUACUGACCGCUAGCUACUGACCGCUAGCUACUGAAGGCCAGCUACUGACCGCCAGCUACUGACGGCCAGCUACUGAAGGCCAGCUACUGACCGCCAGCUACUGAAGGCCAGCUACUGACCGCUAGCUACUGAAGGCCAGCUACUGACCGCUAGCUACUGACCGCUAGCUACUGAAGGCCAGCUACUGAAGGCCAGCUACCGAAGGCCAGCUACCGACGGCCAGCUACUGAAGGCCAGCUACUGACCACCAGCUACUGACCGCUAGCUACUGAAGGCCAGCUACUGAAGGCCAGCUACUGACCACCAGCUACUGACCACCAGCUACUGAAGGCCAGCUACUGAAGGCCAGCUACUGACCACCAGCUACUGAAGGCCAGCUACUGAAGGCCAGCUACUGACCACCAGCUACUGAAGGCCAGCUACUGACCGCUAGCUAUUGACGGCUAGCUACUGACAGCUAGCAGCACAAUACAACUAGCAUCUAUGGAACAAGAUACUUCCUGGGCUCUGUGGUACAGGGUACUUCCUGGGCUCUGGUACAGGGUACUUCCUGGGCUCUGGUACAGGGUACUUCCUGGAUGUUUCAGUGUAUGUAAUUUAAUGGACUGACCCAGCAAUAUGACAGCCUGUCGGCUAAUCUGAAACAGAUGAGGAUAUUUUCUGAAUGAUCUUCAUGCUUUUCUUCUUCUGCUUAUUGUGAUAUAUAUUUCUGAUGGCUAUCGCUGUUUAAUCUCUCCUCUGUGUUAUGCCUUGCGUGUUUUUUAGCCUGUGUUUGACCCGUAGUUGUAGUUCUCUGCAUGCGUGUGAUUAUGAAGAAGAUGAUGGUGACCUCCUGAUCUCUGUACAGUUUUUUAGUCUGGACGUUAAGAAGCCUGUUUGUUACCAAGCUUUUUCUACAAGGGAAUAAAGAGUGUGUGAAGCCGCUCAAAUUAAGAGUGUGUAUAUCAGCAAAGUGUGUAUCAGCACAGAGCUGUGUACAGUUUGCUAACAGGUUGCUCACGGUCUGCUAUCGGUGUGUAAAUGCCUGUAAAUAGCCGCUCUGCAGAUCUUAGUCUGUGAGGUGGCACAACGCCGAAACCGUUUGUAAAAUUAAAGUUAUAAUUUUAACAGUU